CAAUAGAUCAGAAUAAGUUUAUUUAUUAUGGGCGAUGCACUUGAAAAUACUUAUCACGACUCAACAUUUAAUUAUUUGGUCGACCCUGCAACAAAGAAUUGGCGAGAAUGGCUCUCACUAGGUAGUUCACUUGAUUUGGACAAACGGCGCAUCUUAAUGUGGAUUUGGCCCACCGAAAAUGAAUUACUUAAGUUUGGUUCGUUACUGGCGGCACAUAAAGUAGAGCAUGUACUUAGUAUAGGCUGUGGCAACGGAUUAUUCGAAUGGAUAGUGCAAGAAAGUUUAGGUAUUUCGGUCAAUGGCAUCGAAAUUGAUCGAGCCUGGUGGGAAAGCAAAUAUUCAACCAAAAGUUUCAUUAACCUUAAUUAUAUUGAUGAUUUGAAAAACGAAGACGUUGAACAAGUCGAUUACCUUCAAAAGUGUUGUAAAUUAAAAAAUUGGAAUUUUGCGCUAAUGUUUUGUUAUUUUAAUGAUCGUAUUGCAUUCCUCAACUACCUCAAAAACUAUAAAGGAAAUAGUUUGCUUAUAAUUGGACCGAUUACUGGAAUGGAUGUUUUUACUGAUCCGUUACCACUAGAACCACAUUUUCCCGAGAAAUCAAAUUGGAGACUAAAAGAUACAAUACGCAUUGGCAAAAAAGAUGCCAUAGCCUUUUAUGCGAAUAUAUAA